CACGUGGGUAAAGAUGUCAGCUCCCGUUUUUCAGUAGGCUGGCAGUUCUCUGAUUCUGUCUGUCAACUGUUUCGUCUCGUAAUCUUUGCUUAGGGAAUCUUCUAAACCAGGUCAGUGUCAUCAUGAGUAGCAGCCAACAACAAGAGUAUUGGCUCAUUUCUGCACCAGGAGAAAAAACAUGUCAGCAGACAUGGGAUAACAUGAAUAAUGUUACGGCGAAACAGAGCAAUUUGUCAUUGAAUUUUAAGUUCCACAUUCCGGAUUUAAAGGUUGGAACGUUGGAUCAACUUGUUGGGUUAUCGGAUGACCUUACGAAGUUGGAUAGCUACGUCGAGGCGAUUGCGCACAAGAUUGCCCAGUAUUUAGGAGAUGUGCUGGAAGACCAGAGAGACAAACUGGCAGAGAACCUCUUGGCUAAUGGAGUGGACUUGGCAACAUACUUGACAAGAUUCCAGUGGGAUAUGGCUAAAUACCCAAUCAAGCAAUCUCUUCAAAACAUACACGAGAUUAUAACUAAGCAAGUUGGACAGAUUGAUGCAGACCUAAAAACGAAGUCUACUGCGUAUAACAACUUAAAAGGCAACUUACAAUCAUUGGCAAAGAAGUCGAGUGGAAGCCUCCUGACUAGAAAUCUUGGGGAUAUAGUGAAGAAGGAGCAUUUCGUACUUGAGUCGGAAUACCUGACAACGCUGCUGGUCGUUGUGCCAAGCCAACUGAAACCGGAUUGGCUUGGCAAGUAUGAAACACUUGCUGAUAUGGUGGUGCCAAGAAGCAGUCGCUUGAUCCUAGAGGACCCUGAUCACAGCCUGUUCUCAGUCACCAUGUUCAACAAGGUCGUAGAUGAGUACAAGCUUCAUUGCAGGGAAAACAGGUUUGUGGUGCGUGAAUUUGUCUACAAUGAAGAGGCUCUGGCUGCCAGCAAGAAUGAGAUCACCAAGCUGAACAUGGACAAGAAAAAGCAGUUCGGUCCACUAGUGCGCUGGCUAAAGGUAAACUUCAGUGAAGCCUUUACUGCCUGGAUACAUGUGAAGGCACUGAGAGUCUUCACAGAGUCUGUCCUGAGGUACGGUCUUCCUGUGAACUUCCAAGCGAUGCUGCUGCUGCCGUACAAGAAAUCAACCCGCAAGCUGAGGGAUGUGUUAAAUCAACUGUAUGCACAUCUUGACAACAGUUCUAUGGGCUCUGGAUCAGCCGACAUGGUGGAUAUUCCUGGUCUUGGCUUCAGUUACUCGGAGUAUUUCCCAUAUGUCUACUAUACCAUGAAAUUGGACUUCAUUGAGGCAAAGAAGUAGUGAAGGCAGCUGUAAUAUACCAUCACAGUGCAAAACAUCAUUCUGCCCAUUGGGUGUCUGCGUGUUUACCAGUGUGUGACCGUUCACAUUAACAAUGCGAAUUUUUUUAACUGUCAGCCACAGUGACACAACAUCAAUAACAACAAUAACAGCAACAUGAUAAUCACAACAGCAACAGAGCCAAUUAGACGGUUUGAUUAUGGAUCAACAUUUGACAUAUGCAGUCAAUUUUGAAGAAGUUUAAUUUUCCACCAAGUGACUAGGCAACUGUGCUGUUUUUUAAUAACACAGAACAUCUGAUUAUAGGGUGUGUAACACCACUGGCACUAUAAAAUCUGCAGUGAUGUAUUAUCCUGCCUGAUGCACCCUACUCAUCUCAGCUUGUUGACUCACUGACAUAAGUAUGUAAUAUCCCUUGUGGAUAGCACAUGAAAGCCCCCACUUGCACAAAUGGCCAGCUCACACGUUUGAGUACAUUUCAAUAUUACAGUACUGGAAUUUACAGGACACUGCUUUAAUAGCUACUUAUAUUAUGUAAUGUAAUGGGUGCAUACAAAUUUUGCUGCAAAAAAAGCUGCACAAAUGUUGGUAGCGCAACAGCUCGCACCCUUGCUAAUAUAUUAUGCAUUUGUGGAUCGUGCUACUACACUGAGGCACACACAGACAGCUACAGUGAGAUCAAGUGGGUCAGCAAAUAAAAUUAUGCAAAGAGAAAUCCGUACUGAUUUGUCCUUAACAGCCCUAGAGAAGGGUCUCAUAAUAAAACCAAAUUUUUCCAUAAAUAGAGCAGCUAGUGACGAAUGGAUCAGAUGCUUGCUGUUUGCAGUCGGCCUACCUUCACAUCAGUCUGAUUACAGGUAAUAGUCAGCAUAUCGUCUGAGGAGCAAUGCAGACAAGGUCAUAGCUUGCUGCAGUUUUUACACAAUGCCAGUGUGUAACAGAUGUCAGGUGUGUAAGAUUAUAAAUGGGGAGUGGUGAUUCUAACUUAAAAAAAAUUAGCAGUGACAUAUGUCAUUCUUAAUCAUGAUUGAUAACACUAAUAGUCAGUUUUUUUGCAAAAACUAGACAUUGCCAGAAAGCAAAUUAAGCAUGGUGCUGACUCAAAAGAUGCAGUAAUAUAUACAUACCCGUGUGGGUUUAUGUUCAAACCUAAAUGAUGUGCGCAGGUGGUGAAUUUAGGAUUUAAUAGUAUAUAUCUUGUUGUUCAGUUAAUGUGUAUGGCAAGAAGACUUGUGGUAAGUAUCAAGAGCGAUAAACAGAUUUGUUUCAAUGAAAAUAUAGUGACAUAUAACGUGGUCUUUUAAGAAAGUAGACAUUAAUUUUGGAGCCUGAAUGAUACACUAUUAUGAUAUGUUUCCCACAGGAAGUAUCAUGUAUGCUGACUGAGGUGUAUGAGAAACUGCAAGUUAUCGAAUUUUUAAGUAAUUAUCAAGAAUUUGAAAACGACCAUGUAAUGUGAUAUAGUUGUAAUACUAUUCAUCUUAAAAUGUAUGUGAUAGAUUGUUGAUCACCAGUGUAAAUUCAACCUCCUUAGAGAUAGUCUUCUGCUUGCCAGAGGUUAUCCCAAACAAGGCUGCCAUUUUGAUCAGCAGAAGUUGAAUUUUAAGGCUAUUUCUCUGGUUACUUUUGAACGCUGACAUCUGUUCAGUGUGAAGUAUGUAGAUUGUAGGCCUAGCGAAUGAUCAAAUGUAGAGGGAUCAGAUUUAGAAGGUAUGUGCAUCUGAUCAGGUGAUCUGAUGCACAGUGUUGUUCUGUACAGUCUAUCAGUGAACGAUUUUGGUGGUUUGCGUAUAGCGCAUAGAUUUCUCUGUAUACAAACAAUCCCACAGAAACAUGUGGGUAUUAAAAGGUAAUACAGCUGCUUAGCUGUAAUAUUUCGAGGUAAAAAUGUAAAUGAAAUUACGCUUCUGAACGACCUUGAUACAACCUCCCCGGGGUGGAGGUGUAUGUCUCCUAAUAUUAACAAAUCAAUUUCGGCCCUGUGCAUAAGAGAACCUUCGAGACCUUUGAGCUGACCUUCGACCUUGGAGACCGAACUUUCGAGAACCGUCGAGACCUGCUCAGAGACGUCUCAACUCAGUAUAUAGUUUGAGCUAUCAGCUCAUGCGUGCACAUAGUUGACGAGUACAAAUUUAGUGGAUGUGAAUAUACAGCAACUUUGCAAGAAAUUGUAAAUUGUUGCUUGAAGGUGUAUAUGUUUAUUUGAUUAUUAUGUAGUUGUUAAUAUGUGGUGUAUGUUUUACGUUUAACAGAAAUAUAUGUUAAAUUACUAGACUAAAGCCAUGUAUGCCUAUCACUGCUAUUUAUAGUGCAAAAUAAAACCACAAUACAGUGAUCCAUACAAUUGCAAUAAUACAA